UCUGUCACUUUCUUCGUUCGGAAUAAACAUCACGGCUCGAUUAUUUAUAUUUUUAUAAUAAAAUGGAAGAAAUAUGUCGAUUAUGUUGCUCUACGAAGUUCGUAAAUAACUAUAUUUUUGACGAGGAAAAUGCGUUGUAUCUCAAAAUGUCGUUGUACUUGCCGAUCAAGGUGUUCAAGAACGACCGGCUGCCGCAGAAGGUCUGCGACCGGUGCAGCUGCAAAGUGAACGAUUUCUACCAGUUCUGCAACGAAACUAUCGAGGUGCAAAACAGGUUGCGCGCUGUUCUGAUAUCAACCGCAGUUGAAAUCGAGGACUCAGUUGACCUCACGCUUAUCAAACAUGAUGCUCACUCUCCCCCGCCGCUGCCAGACAUCACGGAGCAGAAAGUUGUGCCUAAAUUGGAGCACAAUAGAAGUCAUUCCAUACAAGGUCACAAUGCAGAUGGACAACAUGAUGAAUGUGCAUGUAUGUUGCGUGCAAGACUGGAACCACAGGAGAGACCCACAUGUGAGCAAAGCACACAGACGGAGGAUAAUUGCAAUGGACCUGCACCAAAUGAAAUAACUAUAGACAUACCGUUGUAUGCAAACGUAAAAGUAAAAGAGGAACCAAAGCCGUCUCAAGCGCAGGUGAAGUUGGAGAAUGAACCGGAUAUUGAGGAUAACUUCUUCGACACGAACCAGCAGUCGGACAACAGCGAAGAUGACAUGUCUCUCAUACAGUUCCAGAAGAAGAAACGGUCCAAAAAAGAUAAGGUUCUGAAUGGCAGUACAGAUAAGAAAAAACGCAAGAAGAAUGUGAAGGAGUGGCACAUGUUGAUGAGAGAGCUGCCGGAGGGCACGGAGAUGACUGUUGUGGACGAACAGGCUGAUGUCAAGGUGAACGUGAAGCAGGAGGUGCAGGAGGGCGCCGCGGACAAGCGCGUCAAGUCGGAGCCGGCCGAGUUCCACUGCUGCAUCUGCUUCCAGCAGUGCUGCUCGCGCAACGAGAUGCUGCAGCAUUACAAGCAGCACGCGGCGACCGCCCCUCCGCCCCCGCCAGCCGCGCCGCCGCCGCCCGAGCGCGAGCCCGUCAAGUGCCCGCGCUGCCAGAAGCGGCUGGAGCGGUCGUCGUGGGCGGCCCACUGGGCGCGGCACUGGGAGCGGGACCGGCGCCCGCUGCGGUGCGCGCUCUGCGAGAAGACCUUCCGGGACCACCACCAGAUACUCAAACAUGGCCUGAGCCACAAGGCGGGCGAGGCGGGCGAGGCGGGCGCGGGCGGCGCGGGCCCGCCGGCGCCGGAGAAGCGCUUCGUGUGCGACGUGUGCCCCGAGGGCUUCGUGUUCAUGCGCCACCUGCUGGCGCACCGCGGGCGCGCGCACCCCGAGGCGGGCGCGCUCACGCUGCGCUGCGCCGCCUGCGGCCGCACCUUCGCGCACCUCAACUCGCUGCGGCGCCACCUGCGGGCGCACAGCGGCGAGCGCAACUUCCUCUGCAACAUCUGCGGCAAGGCGCUCUCCAGCCGCGAGCACCUCAAGUUCCACAUCCGCAUCCACACCGGGUACAAGCCCAACGUUUGCAAAACCUGCGGCAAGGGUUUCGUCAAAAAGUGCAACUUGACCCUCCACGAGCGCGUGCACUCGGGCGAGCGCCCGCACGUGUGCCCCCACUGCGGCAAGGCGUUCUCCCAACGCUCCACCCUCGUCAUACACGAGCGCUACCACAGCGGCGCGCGGCCCUACGUCUGCGGCCUCUGCCAGCGAGGCUUCGUCGCCAAGGGACUACUCUCCAUGCAUCUUAAGACUACUUGCAUCUAGCACAAAGUAAAUCCCAGUGAGUUAAUGGAUUUACUCAGGGACUCUAGCUGAUGAACAUUCUCGUCAAGGACACGCCGCACCUCGGUGGUCUAGUGCGGGUGUGGUGUUGGCGCAGAGUUAUAUGUAGCUGUACUAUAAGUUAACAGGUCAUCGUUGUGAAAUAGGAAGAUUUCAGCAGACACCUAUUUUUAUUUUAAGUUAUAUCUGUCACGUUCUUAUUCGCCGAAAAGGAAAGGGACGGAUGAGAUGACGACGGAAGAGAAUCAUUAUCUCCCAACAUCGCAGAACACUCGCAUUCGCAUUUGGUGUAACGGUUUACUUUGUUCAAUUUUGUAAUGCUUUGCUUCUUCACGCCUUGAUCCUUUUAGGGUAGUUUAGGAGGAAUAAGUCGUUUGAAUAGUUGAAAGUCAAAAGUCAACCCAAAAAUAUCUUUAUUCAUUGGGUAAAAUAGAUCAAUUUUACAUAAAUAUUUUUUUUUAUUGCAGCUUCUCGCAACCUGUAGCUGCAAGAAAUUAUAAAAAAAAAGGAAUACAAUUUCAAUAAUUAGAAUCAUUAACCCUGACACCUGGUUGGUGGUGGCGAGAGAACAAGGGAACACUGUCUUGUAUACCGUUAUGAACCUAUUUUAUUUUUUCUUUUCGGCAUAUUUCUUCUCUGUCUACCCUAAAAAGCAUAUAAGGCGCAAAGGUAAUUGCAUAGCUUUACUUAAAUUGGACAAUUUAUUGUUAUUGUUUCAUCUAGGUAUAAUGUUUAGUUAUUAAUCAAUUGUGUGAUAGACAAAUUUUCUCAAUUAUAAUUAUUUGUAGUCAUAAGAAGAUAAUUUGGAACCUUGUCAUAGUCAUCAGAGUUUCUUUUCAAUGAAUUCGUUUAGUUAGAUGUGUUAUGGCUUACUGUGGUAAGGUUCUAAUUAAUCAUGAGAGGAAUGAAUGAGGUUAUUUAGCCAGUGUAAGAAAUUAGUUAAGGUAAAGGGUUUAUUUACAGUUUAAAACAGGGGCGGAUUCAGGACAUUGUAUGACUUGAUGAGGUUGGUAUUCCACCUCACAACCCUCACGAUAAGAAGAAGUUCACCCUACCGUGGUAUUGCCCAGUUGGAGGAACGCUUGACUCUCACUGUAAGGUCGCAGGCUCGAAUCCAGCACGGGCAUAAACCUAUGAUUUUCGAAUUCAUGUUUGGAUCAUAUAUGAUUAUCAAGUGUUCAGUAGUGAAGGAAAACAUCGUGAGGAAACCCACAUACUCGAGAAAUGCGUUAUUACGUUUUCCCUUCGCGGGUUGGAUAGUCAGAAAGGCAGUCUCUUCUGUAAAAAAACGGACCUGUCAAAUCGUCAGUUUAGGUAAGCGGACACUGUCAAAACGGGAUAACGCUAGAGAGAUGAUGAUAUAGUAUAAGUUCAUGACUUUAUGCCCAAUGGGGCUAAACAAAGGACGGUCUCACAAAGUGAUUUCGACAAUGUCCCCGUCGGGAAUUGAACCCGGACCACCAGAUGCAGCCUCCUGUUAAUUCCAACUUGAUACCUUAUGGUUUAUGAUCUUGUAUCGUGCGGGUUGUGACGUGGAUGACGAACCUCAUCAACCCUGGUGUCAGGGCUAUUAUUGAGCCGCCAUAGGUUUCGCAGAUGAUCGUCGAGGGAUAUGAAGCCGCCCCUGGUUGUGGACGCGGACUGAAAUGUACAGGUUUAAAGGGUUAUCUGAAUUUGAUUUUAUAAACGAUUAGAAAAAUAUAAAAAUCUUUACCAAAAUUAUAUUGAGGUUGUAGUUAUAAUAUUUGUUAGAACACGACAGGUGGCACAAUUUUCACUAUUUUUCUUCUCUUAAGAUGAUAUUAAAAAGAAACAUAAUAUUAUGUUUUUCUAUGUAAAUAAAGCGUAUAAGAAUUAUGUACACACACCAACACCUAAAACACGUCCACCAACCGAGCAGCGUGGUGGAGUAUGCUCCAUACCCCCUCCGGUUGAUUGAGGGGAGGCCUGUGCCCCGCAGUGGGACGUAUAUAGGCUGUUUAUGUUUGUAAGAAUUAUGUAAUUGGGUAGUUUCCUAGGUCAAAUAUAAAUUAUGAAAUUCUGAUUACUAAAUACAGACAGAUGUAAAGGUGACAAAAAGCGUUAUCUUUUUUUUAUUUAACUUAUUUAUAAAUUUUAAUAAAGAAAAAUGUAAUAAAAAAUAAUAAGUGCGACGUUUUGUCACGUUUUUUUAUGACGUCACAGAGUGCUUUUUCAUACAAGUUCCAUAGUAAUUUCGUGUUUUUUUUUUGACGUGACUUAGUGUAGAUUUGCCGCAGAUGGCAUUAACUACUUGGGCGGACAAAUGGGGGGCGCUGAAGGCUCUCACCCGGUACAACGUUUAAGACAACAGGCCUGAGGGUGCCCAGUUGAAGGCGAACCUCGGCUGAGGGCGUCGUCUGAGAGGAAAAAUAUUUCAAAGAAUUAAUCGACCCUAGUGGGUCGAUAGCGAUAAGCGCUGAAUGAGAGAAUUUUCGUGUUUUGACGUUUAGUAAAAUCUAAGUGACUUGACUAGUUGGGAACUAGCCUGUUAUCGGAAAUUGGUCUCCAAAUUUUAUAGUAACACUUCGAAUGAGUUGACAUUGUCAUACCAAUUUUGAAAAGUUAGUUAUUCGAACCGACCAGUGAUGUGGCGUCCCGGGAAUGUUACCAAAGCGGGAAGGUUCCCGUUGUAAAAACUCAUUAAUAGUAAGAACACUGGAUGCUUUUCUUUUUCAAAUUGUUCUUUACAAAUUCUUUCUUAUACUCUAACCCUAUCUGCCUAAAAGCUAGAUAAUAAAGCUCUUUUUAUAUAACUUUACGCCUUUUUACUGCCAGAAAUGUUCCCACUUUCGGUACGGUACGUCACUGGACCCAACAGGAAAUCAAACCCGGGAUCUCCGGUUCUAAUAAGCACAACAAUAAGUCCUACUACUUAAGUCAGUCGUUUUACUAUUUAAGAAAUACUUCAUGUUUGAAUGUCCUAACUAUGUAAUGAACAUCUUUGUACAGUAGAUAUACAAUAAUAAUAACUAUUAAAAUAAAUAAUAAUUAUUAUAAAUUAUAAUAAUAAUGUGAAGUGCCUCAGGUUGUGAUACCAGUGUAAAUGUAUUUAUUGUACCGAUGUGCCCUGUACAGAGAAUUGAGUUGGAAACAUUAAAAUAGUAUUAAUUUUUCCCACCUGGGGUAAGCAGAGAUUACGGAAUUCGAUUUGCUUCGCUUCUGACAUACUUCUCUUGCUUCCUCCACAUUCAUCAGUCGUUUCAUACACGCACGCCGGUUCAGAGUAGAUCGUACUAAACCUUUUUUAAGAACAUCUCCAAUUUGGUCAAAGUUAGGUACAUAAUGUAAGUUUAUGACAGGUGAGCUAUGUUACUGUGUUGGUCAUUAGUGUCGAGACUGGCUUUGUGUAAUGCAGCCAAGAGUGUAACGUCCAAUGCAAAUUCAUACGACACAUGUGCAUUAUGUACCUAAAAACGGUGCAUUCAGAAUCAGAAUCAUUUAUUUAACGUAAUUAUCAUGGAUAAACUUGUCGAAGGUCUAAGUAACAUUUUUGAAUAUACGUCAUUUCGCAAGGUGUUAUGGCUGGGGAGAAGAAAUGACAAGAAACUGCAACAGCAACACAUCUUUUAAAUCAAUGAGGGUACUUUACAAGUUAUUUGAUAACUAGAGGAACACAUUUAAUACCAACAUUACGAGCAAGUUUGUUGAAAACAUAAUAAUCAUAACGAUUCUCUGUAGAGGGCGCAGUUGGUGGUAGCUAGGUUAGUAUAUCGACGUCCUAAUGUAUAUGUCGUAAGUGUUGUUAAUAAAGGCUGGUGUCUGGA